AUGCAUCCCACCGGACAUUCAAUGCUAGGUCCGACCGGUGGUCCCUAUCAUCAUCCGCUGCCUCCGAACCCUGUUCCUUAUCAUGACCAGGUCCCCACGACGUCUCAUCCGUCGUGGCACACAGCUUCCUAUUCAGGACUCCCAACACCUCCGUAUCAUCCCUAUCCACCUCCGCAAGUCCAACCACCUCCUAAUUAUCCUCCUAUGCCUCCGCAGCAACAUCCACCACAGCAUCAUCUCCAGAUGACUUCACACCAACCCCAGAUGACUCAGUUGUUGACGCAACAACAGCUACAGCAGCAGCAACAUAUUCAACAAAAUCAGCAGCAGAGUUCGGCAUAUUCGUCCCCAUCUCACGCGCCUUCAACACCUAUUCAAAAUCAGAAAGCACGAACAGAACAAUGGGUUCAGUCAUGGCCGUAUGCUCAGUCUCCAGCUCCAUCCGUCGCUCCUUCUGUAAUGUCUUAUCACCAGAACGAUGAUCGGAUGUCGAUGCUGAGUGUGAACACUUCGAUGACAAAUCAGUUUCCCGAUUCUCAAAGAUGUUUCUCAUCGAAUGGGUCGACAUGUGAAAAUGUGAAUCCCGAAAUGGCACAAACAAAUUGGGCGCAAGGAGCCGAGCAGGCGAUUAUUGAAUGGUUCAAUACGAAAGACCCUCAAAGAAAGUUCAACAUGGCAAUGACAAUACGAGAGUGGGUCAAGCGGGAUAAAUUGGUACAAGUGGAUCCAGCACAACUUCCGGGUUGCAUUCAAAGGCUUCUUCUAAUAAUCCACGAUGGCAUGAAACCCCAACAAAUUCAAACUCCGCCUAGCUAUUAUCCUCAACUUUGGUGUUAUCUCCUAGAUAUUCUAAAUCGAUUAACCAGUUAUCGAAUAACUAUUCCGAAUAUACAUCAAAUUGUUCAAUUAUUCGAACCGAAAGGAAACCAACAAUACGAGUUUCGUGAUCUUAUAUGCAAUGCCAUGCAACCGACUCUCGUAUGUGCGAAACAAGUGUUCGACAUAUUAGAAAAUAUUAUAAAAUGUCUUAAUAACCCGAAAUAUGACAAACUGAGAAGUGAUUUCGCACGGAGCAUGAAAUUCGAAAAGAUGAUUGGAGCACUUCUUGGUCACCUCGGUCAACAGAUUCCGCCGAGCCAAAUCAAUCCAACUAUUCUGGUCGUUCUACGGUUUAUUAUCAGUAAGGAUGCGGUUCUCAAAAAUUGUUUGAUCUGGGGACCGGAUCGACAACGGGACCAAGUCCCACCGCAAAGUAUAUUAAUGUUACUGAAAGGAAUUCUGAUGAGAAGCGAGCAUAUGCUCAGGAAUAGUCAAAUUGCGAAUUUCCCGGAUCAAGAAUCGAUGAAUCGAAAUUUCCAAGAAAUGUCAAUGCUCGCUCAAGUUGUUACACGAUCAUUUGACCUUCUCAAUUUAUUGAUGCAUGAAUCAAAUGCGAUAGAUGGAUUCGUAAAAUUGGAUGGUAUUCAGUUGAUAUACACUAUCAUCAAUUAUCCGAAUUCUAAUGUGGUCCGUUCUGGAUUCAAGUUGUUACUGCAAGUGUCGGAUUCGAGGUCGUUGUGCUUAACCAAUCUGAAAGAACCUCUUCCUUUUAUAAUGCAAAGACUCCGAGAUAGUUUGAUGAAUGGAGAGGACGAUAUUGUUUAUAGUGGAACAGGCUUUUUGAGCAAUGUGGUUGCUCACAAACUGCCAGUUAAAGAGUUAGCUAUUGCAAAAGGAGCUAUCCCGUUGCUAUGUGAUGUUAUUAUGAGGAGUACACCAUUGAGCGAUUUUGCUGAAGCAUCAAAAAAGAAACUCGCUUGCGGGAUUGUCUGUAACAGUUUACGAGCCAUGAACAACUUUUUGAUGAUUUGGAUUCCGAUGCAAAAUGGACAGAGAAUGCCAAUAGGAGAGUACGAACAGCAACAAGUUCGCAGGUUUAUUGAGGAAGUUUUAAAGAGAUUGAUGACAUGCUUAUCUAUGGACUCAUUCGACGUCGUCCCACUAAUGGAACUCCGGAGUACGAUUCUUCGAUUCUUUUUCCUUGUUUCAAGAACGCCGUCGAUGCCCGCAGAUGUUUUUUUCGGUGUGACAGACGAUUUUAAAAGGAAAAAUCUCGUCGGUCAUAUUGCGAUAGCCUUAUCGUGGGCAGAUGGACAAAAAACGAAUGAAAAAAUAAAGGACACCAGGCAGCAACUUAUAGAACGUGCAUUCAGUUUGUUGGUCCGAUUGAUAGAACAAUACGAUGAGGUUCAAGUGGCGCAUAGUCUUUAUACCAUUAGCUGUCCGCUUAACAUGCUAAACAACGAGCAAAUGAAGCCACAGUUCAUUUUGAACGUUCUUCGAGUAUGCGAUAAAAUUCUGGAACACUCUCCUAUGUUGGCUAAUGGUUGGUCAAUAUACAGUUCUACCGUGGAAAUGUUCAAAAAUCAUUCAAAUUCUGAUAUUGCACGGACGGCGAGCUCGUUGUUGGCAAGGUUCCCAAUAGGCGAUUCAGCAAUGGAUGAAGGAAUUCUUCACACUUCUGAAUUUACUGAACUUUGA